AGUGAACAGAUCACUUAUAUGCAUAACGAUAUUUGACUUAUUUAUUGAGUCAUUAAAUUAUCGUGAUUUAAAGAUAGUGAGGAGGGGCAAUUGAAAUUAGCAAAAGGGGAAGGCCAAUAUUCAGUCGGACCAAAACCCCCUUUCACCCUCUUAUCCUUGCGGCAAUUCAAACCACUAGUUGUUGCUUUCUCCUAUGUUUCUGUCCUGCCGGGAUUUCUUAUUCGCCGGAACACCAUGAGGGUAACGCCGUUACCGACCACGAACAUGACGGCUCUAAACUACUCCGACGAUCCCAAGCUGGACAGAGCCAUGGUGGUGGUUCUUGCGUCUCUGCUAGCCGCGCUGCUGCUUGUGCUCGCUGUGAAUGCCAUCGUCCGCUGCAUUAUCCGGCGCAUUAGACGGCUUAGCCCCCGGGUUCCGGUGCCCUCCGCCGCCCCUCUGCCGCCGCCGACGGCGGCGGGGCUGAAGGAGGAUGCUCUAGAGCAGAUUCCGGUGGUGGUUUACAAGUCCGAGGUGGGUAUCUUCGGUACGGAAUGUCCGAUUUGCCUCACGGAGUUUAAUGAAGGACAGAAUUUGAGGCUGCUGCCGAGGUGCAGCCAUGGCUUCCAUUUGAAGUGUAUUGAUCUGUGGCUUCUGUCUCACUCGUCUUGCCCAACUUGUAGGCGGCCAUUGCUUGAUGAUAAUACUCCAUAAAUCUCCUCUUUUACUUCCAUUCAAUUCUAUUCAAUCUUUUGUUUAGUCAUGAUUCAAUGUUUCUUUUAGAAUGUCUCUUUAA